UUCCAAUAAUUUUAGACAACAGACAUUGUCGUAAUUAUAACAAGAAUAAGAUCUCAACGGUGACCGGGUUGCGUUGGCGCCGUUGUCUGAGUCUGAGCGAGUUGAUGCUCAAAAGUCAGCUCCGGCGAUCUGCAUUCAUUUUUCUAUUAAUCAAAGAUCAAUUUCCAAGAUUCGGCCCAAUGCUCCGCCUUCCUCAUCUUUCUCAUCCCUUCUGUCCCGGUUGUUAGUUUAUUGCCGGCCUCAAUCGACCUCCGGUUCUCUUCUCUGAUCGUUCUUUGACCGGGAUGACAAGCCCCCGGUCGUCGGGGCCGCCGCCUCUUCCGAUUCACUCCUCAACACAGCAUCAUGACUCCUGGGACUGCAUGCUUCCGGGCCCUCCCAGCCGCAACAACUUUGGAUCCGCCGACAUCAGCCCCUCCGGUCUCCUCGCUUUCCCCUCCGGCAGCUCCGUCUCCAUCGUUGAUUCUCGUUCUAUGCAGCUCAUCACCGCCAUUCCCAUGCCACCGCCGUCGACCACUACUUCUUCUCUUUCCCCUUUCGUCACCUCUGUGCGCUGGACUCCUCUUCCUCUCCACCGUGACCUCCUCUCUACAGAACCCUCCACCUCGCACCUUCAUCUCGCUGCUGCCGAUCGCCAAGGCCGCAUUGCUCUUCUUGAUUUCCGCUUGAAGUCCCCUACCAUAUGGUUCGAUACUAGCGACUACAAGUUCGGUGUUCAGGAUCUGUGUUGGGUGCGGUCUGGACCCGACUCGUACCUUCUUGCUGCAAUUCACGGCGCCUCGGCUCUCUCCCUCUAUAGUGUUACCACUGCUCGAUGCGUUUGGAAAUAUGAUGCCUCCCCUGAAUAUUUGUCUUGCAUUCGUUUUGAUCCUUUCGAUUCACGCCAUUUUUGCGUAAUUGGUCUCAAAGGGUUUCUUCUAUCGGUUCAGGUUCUUGGUGAGAAGGAAAGUGAGGUUGUCAUCAAGGAGUUACGGAUUGGAACCGACUGCACCGAAUUGCAGAAGCUAGAAAGGGACGCAGCUACUGGAUCAUCGUCGCCGACCUCCGCCAUGUUUCCUCUUUAUAAUGCGAAAUUUGCGUUUUCGCCUCAGUGGAGGCACAUUCUGUUUGUAACGUUUCCUAGGGAGUUGGUGGUGUUUGACUUGCAGUACGAGACGACGCUUUUUAGUACCUCAUUGCCUCGUGGGUGCGGUAAAUUCCUUGAUGUGUUGCCGGAUCCGGACAGUGAGUUGCUCUACUGUCCUCACCUUGAUGGAAGGCUCAGUAUCUGGCGGCGAAAAGAAGAUGAACAAGUCCACAUAAUGUCUGCAAUGGAAGAGUUGCUGCCUUCAAUUGGCACAUCUGUUCCAUCUCCUUCAGUUCUUGCUGUCGUCAUCUGCCAGUCCGAUUCCAUCCUCCAAAAUGUUGGCAAGCUUUGUUCUGAUAUACAUCAUUCUCAUUCUCCUGAUGCAGAAGCAGAAGCAGAAGCAGAUAUUGAUACUCCAUUUGAUUUUUAUGACAAAUCUCUUCAUGUCUCUUCAACACACUUGAUAUCCAUCUCUGAUGAUGGAAAAGUAUGGAACUGGUUCGUAACUGCUGAACAUGCUGAAGGUGCUCAGAAGGAUGACACUGGUGUGAGUAUGAGCACUGAUGUCAGUGAAGUGCCAGUCUCAGAUGGCAAUACUGACCAAAUGGUUUCUUCUACUAAUACAUUUGCUUCAGAAGCAGGCAAACAACUAGAUUAUGCCAACACCAGUGGUGGUCGUCCACCAUCUGAUCUCAGUAAACUGGACUUCUCAUUUAAGAUCAGUUUAGUUGGUCAGCUUCAACUUCUUUCUUCUGCAGUAACGAUGCUGGCAGUGCCAUCUCCAUCCUUAAUAGCUACAUUAGCUCGUGGAGGAAACCAUCCUGCUGUUGCUGUACCGUUGGUUGCUUUAGGAACUCAAAGUGGAACCAUUGAUGUCAUUGACGUUUCUGCCAAUUCUGUUGCAUCUUCCUUUUCUGUACAUAAUAGUGUUGUUAGAGGUUUACGGUGGCUAGGGAAUUCUAGAUUGGUGUCGUUUUCUUACAGUCAGGUGAAUGAAAAAUCUGGAGGUUACAUUAAUCGUCUUGUUGUGACCUGUCUGAGAAGUGGCUUUAAUAGAACCUUUCGUGUUUUGCAAAAGCCUGAACGUGCUCCCAUCAGAGCUUUAAGGGCUUCUUCAUCUGGAAGAUAUCUUCUUAUCCUGUUUCGAGAUGCUCCGGUUGAAGUUUGGGCAAUGACAAAGACUCCUAUCAUGCUUAGAUCGUUAGCUCUUCCAUUUACAGUUUUGGAAUGGACUCUUCCAACAGUUCCGCGGCCUGCUAAAGAGCGUACAACCAUGACACAAGAUACUGUAUCUUCACCAACUAAGGCACCAUUAUCUGAUUCUAAGGCACCAGAAGGAAAUCAGGAGGAAGCUUCUGAAAGUUUUGCAUUUGCGCUGGUAAAUGGUGCGCUUGGAGUGUUUGAAGUUCAUGGGCGAAGAAUUCGGGAUUUCAGACCCAAAUGGCCUUCAUCUUCAUUUGUUUCAUCUGAUGGAUUAAUUACAGCCAUGGCCUACCGCUUGCCACAUGUGGUCAUGGGUGAUAGAUCAGGUAACAUUCGCUGGUGGGAUGUAACAACUGGGCAUUCUUCAUCUUUUAACACCCACAGAGAGGGAAUCAGGCGAAUCAAAUUUUCCCCAGUAGUUGCUGGAGACCACAGCAGAGGACGUAUAGCUGUUCUAUUUUAUGAUAAUACAUUUUCCAUAUUUGAUCUCGAUUCACAGGAUCCCUUGGCUAAUUCCAUUUUACAACAUCAAUUUCCAGGGACCCUUGUAUUGGAACUUGAUUGGUUGCCUUUACGAACGGAUAAAAAAGAUCCUCUAGUUUUAUGUAUUGCAGGAGCUGAUAGUAGCUUUCGUCUUGUUGAGAUCAUAAUUAACGAAAGAAAGCAUGGCUAUGGACCCAAGACAGUCAAGGAAAGAUUUCGGCCGAUGCCUAUAUGUUCGCCUAUGUUACUUCCUACUCCACAUGCAUUGGCAUUACGGAUGAUCUUGCAGUUAGGCGUAAAGCCCUCUUGGUUAAAUAAGAGACCUCAACUUGUGUCUGGAGUUUCAGCAGGUGGCCGUGACCUUCGGAGUCACAUGAUCGACUUACCACCUGUUGGUGACUCAGUGGUGCCAGAAAUGCUUCUCAAGGUGCUGGAACCUUAUUGUAUAGAAGGUUGCAUACUUGAUGAUGCGAGGGCAAAAUUAUAUUCCAAGUUAGUACAUAAAGGCUCUGCUUUGAGGUUUGCCUUUGCUGCUGCAAUUUUUGGUGAAUCGUCUGAAGCCCUCUUUUGGCUACAGUUGCCUAGUGCUCUCAGUCAUCUGAUGAAUAAGUUAGCCAAUAAAUCUCCCCAGAGAGGCCAAUUGUCUACAUCUAACGUGGAUCUUGAUGAAGCUUCAAUGCUGAAUAGGAUAACCUCAAAGGGGAAAUCAAUGCCAAGAACUGGGAAGAAAGAAGCAUUUGGUCAAGGCCAACUUAUGGCAAUGGCUUUCAAACAAGAAGAGUUGUGGGAAAGUGCAAAUGAACGCAUUCCUUGGCAUGAAAAAUUGGAUGGGGAAGAGGUUAUUCAAAACCGUGUACAUGAGCUUGUGUCUGUUGGAAACUUAGAAGCUGCAGUUAGUCUACUGCUUUCCACUUCUCCAGAGAGCUCUUACUUCUAUGCAAAUGCUCUACGUGCUGUUGCACUUUCUUCUGCAGUGUCAAGAUCGCUUCUAGAACUGGCUGUCAAGGUAGUUGCAGCCAACAUGGUGAGAACUGACCGGUCAUUGUCUGGAACUCAUCUUCUCUGCGCUGUAGGAAGAUAUCAAGAAGCUUGUUCUCAGCUUCAAGAUGCUGGAUGCUGGACGGAUGCUGCAACUUUAGCUGCCACACAUUUAAAAGGAUCUGAUUAUGCUAGGGUGCUGCUAAGGUGGGCCAAUCACGUCUUCCAUAGCGAACAUAACAUCUGGAGGGCGCUGAUAUUGUUUGUCGCAGCUGGUGCACUACAAGAGGCACUGGCAGCACUUCGUGAGUCACAACAACCCGACACUGCAGCCAUGUUCAUCCUGGCUUGUCGAGAAAUACAUGCAGAAUUUAUCUCCAAUUUAGAAAAUUCAGAUGAUGAGUCGAAUUCAAAUGCUUUGAAAGACAAACUCCUUAAGUUGCCUGGGUUGGACCCCGAAAAUGAUGAUGUUAUCGCAGUUGGUGAAUAUUAUGGACAAUACCAAAGAAAACUUGUGCACCUCUGCAUGGACUCCCUGCCGUAUUCUGAUUGAAGAGUGUAGAAUUAUCUCUCUCCAAGUCUGAUUUGAUUAAUUAAUUCUCCAGGGAUUUACCUUUUAUUGAGUUACAUCCCUGAAAUGAAACCGGAGUCAUAAAUGAGAACAGAAAUGGCUUCCUUGGAUAGGAGGUUUGUUGCAUUUGAGCAAUUAGCAAAUCUUGGGAGUAAUCUUUUCCUGGCCAGCUUAAAGCUAAAUCUCCAGAGAAGAAGGGUUCCAUUGUGGCUGUAUCAUCUAGAAAUCUUUAUAGAGGAGUUGUCAAUAACAUUAUUACUUUAUUCAACAGAGGAGUUUUUGCUUAUAUUUCCUCACUUAGAAAAAGAAAAAGAAAAAGAAAAAAAUCUUUUGCCCCUUUUGUAUAUAGCAGAUUUAUGAUAACAUAAACGAUCCAUGGGGAGGAUUGAAUGGCUUGGAAUCAGUUUGUUUGAUAGGAAUGUUGGAUGUCCAUGAACUGGACUCAUCAGAUUUUUGUGUUGGUUUUGAAGAAAUGUAGGACUGUCAAAGAAGUUUCCUUUAAUGCUUGGACAUCCUAGAAUAUCCACACAAAUUAUUUCAAUUAA